AUGCUCCUCUAUCUCGGCUGGCGCAUAUUUCUAAACUGUUAUUUUGUUUAUGUUCGUCCGUGGUGGUUGGUACAUGUGGUAUAUCCAAGCUUCCAACCUCACCAAUUAAAUAUCAAGAUCAUCUUGAAGCCUCGACUUAUGGGCCCCAUCAUUUACUUUGCCGGCACGGCGAUUUUCAAUCUCAUAGGGGUAAAUACUAUCUCUGAAGCCGGUAUACGCGCAGCUCGUCUCUCAAUUUUCACUCUGUUACUUCUUUUUUGGGCGGGCGAUCAUGAAUUUGGAGCUCGUCUGCUUGGAAUAGCAUCAGGCACCUAUCAGUAUAUUCACCGAAUAUCCGCAAUUAUGGCGGUGCUACAAGGUGCUAUUCACGUGGCUAUCAAGAGCCAGGAAAUUCAAUUUUCAUAUUCAGACACUGUUCAGAUCUAUGGCCUUAUUGUAAGAUGUAUGCUUCUGUCGCUGCUGCUUCUACCACUAGUAAGACGGCGGGUCUAUGAAGUAUUUCUUAGGACUCAUCAAGGAUGUGCGAUCUUUACUCUUUAUAGUAUCUGGCGGCAUGUGCACACGUCAUAUACAAAAUACUGGGUCUAUCUUCUGGCAAUUACUUUUAUGACUACAGCAACCUUACAAGUGUCUCGCAUGCUUUUUCGAAACAUAUCUGGUCGGCAGAAAACGACAAGAUGUAUUUCUGAAUUAUGCGGAAAUGAUAUAGUUCGUAUAACAGUGUUACUUCCAAGGCCAUGGGUAGUACGUGCAGGUGAGAGUAUCAGUCUCAACAUUCCAGGGCUCGGAUUCCGCUAUAUCUUUCAAUCGCAUCCUUUUUCCAUCGCUUGGUGGGAUGAAGAUACUGCUGGAAGGAUUCACUCUAUUUCACUUCUUAUAAGAGCGCGAUCGGGCUUUACUAAAAAGCUCAUUAAAUACUCGCCAAUAGAAAGAAGAGCAUGGAUUGAUGGCCCAUUCGGUCCCUCUAACGUCAGUUCCAUAGGUCCUUUAGGAGUUGAGGACUACAGUCAUGUUUUCAUGGUUACCACCGGAAUCGGUAUUGCCGCUCAACUACCAUAUAUCAAGCAGCUACUUGCGCAAACCUAUAAGGGGCAAACAAGAACCCGAAAAAUAUCAUUGGUAUGGCAAUUACAGCGAGAGGGAGACUGGGAGGGGGCAAGAGAUUGGCUACAAUCUUUGGUAGAGCAGGAUAAUGGAUGUAUGUUGAGCGUCACUAUAUAUGACCAGCUAGAAACACCGUCAAAGGUUGCACAUACAUUCGGAUACCACAGACUCAUAACCGUAUACUGUGGCAAGGUGGAUUGGAAAAUCCAAUUAACAGAAGAGAUACAUAAUCAGAUUGGGCAGCUUCUUGUCGCAGUAUCUGCAAAUAGAGUCGUUCGCAAGCACAUACGGGAAUUAGUGCACGAUAACAGUGCUCAAGGAAUAGAAAUAUUCGAGCUCGCAUUUCAGCCAUGGGAUAGAUGUUGA